GCCGAGCGGACAGGGGGGAGCGACGGGGGUCCAGUCUCCCCUGGCCGAGCACUGUUUGGUGGCAGUCCUGGGACUGGACUCCCCGCCCCAGGGCCCUGCUCGGUGGAAGGGACGCCCAGGCUGCCCUGCCAUGCGUUCUGCAAGUGCCCGGCAGUGGAGCCCACUGGGACUGUUGCUCUGCCUGCUAUGCAGCUCCUGUCUGGGCUCUCCGACCCCAUCCCCGGCCCCUGUGAAGAGGGCUGGGAGCCAGGGGCUGCGCUUCCGGCUGGCGGGCUUCCCCAGGAAGCCCUUCGAGGGCCGAGUGGAGAUACAGCGAGCUGGGGAAUGGGGCACAGUCUGUGACGAUGAUUUCACACUGCAGUCGGCCCAUAUCCUCUGCCGGGAACUGGGCUUCACAGAAGCGACAGGCUGGACCCACAGUGCCAAGUACGGCCCUGGAACAGGCAGAAUCUGGCUGGACAACCUUAGCUGCAGUGGGACUGAGCAGAGUGUGACUGAAUGUGCCUCCCGGGGUUGGGGGAACAGUGACUGCACCCACGAUGAGGAUGCAGGGGUCAUCUGCAAGGACCAGCGCCUCCCUGGCUUCUCGGACUCCAACGUCAUUGAGGUGGAGCAGCAGCUGCAAGUGGAGGAGGUGCGACUGCGGCCGGCAGUGGGGCGCGGCAGACGGCCGCUGCCCGUCACCGAGGGGCUCGUGGAAGUGAGGCUCCCCGACGGCUGGUCCCAAGUGUGCGACAAGGGCUGGAGCGCCCACAACAGCCACGUGGUGUGCGGGAUGCUGGGCUUCCCCGGCGAGAAGAGGGUCAACGCGGCCUUCUACAGGCUGCUGGCGCAGCGGCAGCAACACUCGUUUGGUCUGCAUGGGGUGGCGUGCGUGGGCACAGAAGCCCACCUCUCUCUCUGCUCCUUGGAGUUCUAUCGUGCCAAUGACACAGCCAGAUGCCCUGGGGGGGCCCCUGCGGUGGUGAGCUGUGUGCCAGGCCCUCUCUACACAGUGGCCAGUGGCCAGAAGAAGCCACAGCAGUCGAAGCCUCACGGGGAGGCCCGCGUACGGCUGAAGGGGGGUGCGCACCCCGGAGAGGGCCGCGUGGAGGUCCUGAGGGCCGGCACGUGGGGCACCGUGUGUGACCGCAAGUGGGACCUGCAGGCGGCCAGCGUGGUGUGUCGGGAGCUGGGCUUCGGGAGUGCACGAGAGGCUCUGAGUGGGGCCCGCAUGGGGCAGGGCAUGGGCGCCAUUCACCUGAGCGACGUCCGCUGCUCGGGCCUGGAGUCCUCCCUCUGGAAGUGUCAGCACAAGAACAUCACGGCAGAGGACUGUGCCCACAGCCAGGACGCUGCGCUCCGGUGCCACCUGCCCUACAUCGGGGUCGAGACCAAGAUCCGUCUCAGCGGAGGCCGCAGUCGCUACGAGGGGCGCGUGGAGGUGCAAGUAGGGGGACCUGGGCCCGCCCGCUGGGGCCUCAUCUGCGGAGAUGACUGGGGGACGCUGGAGGCCAUGGUGGCCUGCAGGCAGCUGGGCCUGGGCUAUGCCAACCACGGGCUCCAGGAGACCUGGUACUGGGACUCCGGGAACGUGACAGAGGUGGUCAUGAGUGGCGUGCGCUGCUUGGGGACCGAGCUGUCCCUAGACCAGUGUGCUCAUCACGCCACCCCCAUCGCCUGCAAGAGGACAGGGGCCCGUUUCACCGCUGGGGUCAUCUGCUCUGAGACGGCCUCGGACCUGCUGCUGCACUCGGCACUGGUGCAGGAGACAGCCUACAUCGAGGACCGGCCGCUGCACAUGCUCUACUGCGCCGCCGAGGAGAACUGCCUGGCCAGCUCGGCCCGCCGCGCCAACUGGCCGUACGGCCACCGGCGUCUGCUCCGCUUCUCCUCCCAAAUCCACAACCUGGGGCGAGCCGACUUCAGGCCCAAGGCGGGGCGCCACUCCUGGGUGUGGCACGAGUGUCACGGGCAUUACCACAGCAUGGACAUCUUCACGCACUACGACAUCCUCACCCCCAACGGCACCAAGGUGGCUGAGGGCCACAAGGCCAGCUUCUGUCUAGAAGACACUGAGUGUCAGGAGGAUGUCUCCAAGAGGUACGAGUGUGCCAACUUUGGCGAGCAGGGCAUCACUGUGGGCUGCUGGGAUCUCUAUCGGCACGACAUCGACUGCCAGUGGAUCGACAUCACAGAUGUGAAGCCUGGCAACUACAUUCUGCAGGUGGUCAUCAACCCUAAUUUUGAAGUAGCAGAGAGUGACUUCACCAAUAAUGCAAUGAAAUGUAACUGCAAAUAUGACGGACAUCGCAUCUGGGUGCACAACUGCCACAUUGGCGACGCCUUCAGUGAAGAGGCCAACAGGCGGUUUGAGCGCUACCCCGGGCAGACCAGCAACCAGAUCGUCUGAGGUGCUGCCGCCCUCCUCCGCCAACCACCACUGGCCCCUCAAGGCAGGGGCCCGAGGCUGCCAUUACCUCAGGAGCUUACCCAGGAAGCCAGAAGCCCUCGAGCCUACCAAACUCAUUUGCGCUCCGCGGGCACAGAACUGUCAAGCAGAAGUUACUGCCCUCCUUCCUAGGUCAGCUGUCCGGAGCUCCGGCCAAGCCUGACCCAAAGAGACCACCAAGAGAGCCCCUGCG